AUUCCGGCCUCCGAACCCCGUCCUCCGAGUGAGCGCCCUUUUGAUGUAGACUCCGAGUCGCGCGUGGUCAUGGAUGUCGUUCGAGUUCGGUCAAGUCGGCGGAGCGUGUUUAGUUACGAAUCGAGCUGUCCGGUGAGCAGCAUCACGUAGCAGAUGGGGUCGUAGAUAUCGAGUGACUGAUCGAUAAUCGAUAGUGUACCUAGCCGAGUGAUCGAUAUGGCUUUACAAUACUCCUACCCGCAGUACCCCAGGCGUCACGGCACAAACAGUGACCCCGUCCACGGGUCCGACUCGGAUGUCGCGGCGCUCUCGGAUCUCGAAGAUGACGAGGAUGAUGAUGAGGAUGACGACGGAGAGGAGGAAGAGGAGGAGGAACUUCCGUAUCCGGGAUUUGUCGCCAUCUCCAUGAAAUAUCUCGACCAGACUUCGAGACCUCGCAACUGGUGUCUCGCCAUGAUCACUAAUCCAUAUCCUUUUCAUACAUAAUACUAUUCUAGAGAAAAUAAAAUAAAAAUUAAUCCUAAAAUCUAAUGAAAUGCAAAUUCUUUAUGUAGAUAGUAACAUUUUUCUAUAAUUUUGGUCCUGUUGAAGGUUUCAAGUAAUAUUUAAAAUAGCUUUGAAAGAACGAAAUUUAUUUCUUGAUUUUAUUCAAUUUCAAAUCAUGGGAAAUAAUUAUAAUAAAGUAAAUUCACGUAACUGAGUUGUUAAAUAAUUAGCA